AUGCGUCUUACCGGUAAUAAUGAAAAAGAGUCGGGCUUUACUCCAGUCCGACGUCAACAAGCGCUAAAUCUUGCAAUGUUCAGUCGUCCACAACUCAAGAACCUUCUCGAUGAGCCGACACUUUCAAAGCCGCUGUCUGAUGAAUCCAUACUUGGAGAGCCCUCGGGAUUUCUCACGGUGCCAUCCAGCGACGCCAAACAGAUGGAUGCUGCCAUUGGCGGCAUUUUACGCCGAUCCAAUCGGGCACCUCUUUCACCCAAAUCUGUUGCCGAUCUCAUAGAUUUGCGCGACGACCGUUUGCUCAUCUCGAAUACGAAAUCACAGACCUCCCUUAACGAGGCCCGAUUUUUUGGCAGUGAUGUAACUAUGAAUUUGGACGAGGCUACGGAUAGCCAGAAUUCUAUCGAUGUUGGAUCGGCAAAUUUUGACUUGAGUAGUGGAUUUCUACUUCAUCGGUGCCACUCAGACACCAACAUCUCCUACAACAGUGUACAGCAGAACGUUUACUGCCUUAUUGACUUGUGCACUCUGACGUGGGGAAAGUCUAAGACCAAGAAGCAAUCAAAAUCAAGGCAUUGCUGUCGACAACCGCAUGAAGACUCUACCCACUCCUCGGUGACAAGACUGAGUCGACGUACUUACGGUCGCCCAGUUCCACACACGCGUAGCAAAUCUGUUGCCAUCCUCGGACUCCAAUCGGGGCUCAACUAUACGCCCAGCUACGGUAGUAGAGUUUCUCAUGCCCCUUCACGCGGCUCCUUCAUCGUCGCUCACGAUGACAUUGGCAGUGUGGAGAAACUCGUCAGAGUAACCAGCAGUGGACGUUUGAUACCCUUCAGUCGGACUCGUAGUCGACGUCAAAUGCCCGCAGAUGAUGGAGACGAGCGUUCAGCAGAGAUAAGCUCGGAUGAAGAGAACAGUGCAACGAGAAGCGUUCGAGCACAGCAGAUACGCUCAAACUGCCGCAAAUCCGACAAAUACCUCAACGUAGACUGCACAGCCUCGACUCAAGUGCGCUUUCAGUCCCGAAAACAUGCCCCCACAAGGCCGUUAAAUAACCAUUCAUUUCGGCGUAGUGGUGAGAUUCCAGCCUGUGGCCCGAUGCGCCUCUUACCAAACAGACUUCGUGUUGUGGACAAACGACCGCAAAGGAAGGUUAAAACAGGAGAGAACACCACUUCGCAGGAGAAAACAGCGACUAUGUUGGCUGAGGAGCAACAACAGGCCACCAUUAACUUCAGCCUAAUCAUGGAAAUCCUUGUCAAGUUAGUAGUUAUCUUCAGUUGUACGAUAGCACUGCGAUCAGAUAUUUGGAAUACAAUUGAGGUUACACAAGACGAAUUCUGUAUUAUUAUGUAG